CAACCUAACGUCGAAACUUUAUUCGUAUCAUAGUUUUGCAGAAAAUAAUUAGUGAAAUAUAAUAAUUACUAAUAAAAAAGUAUAGCAGCUCUGACAUUUCAAUAAUUUGAUUUAUUGGAGAACGUAUUACAUAGUCCUUGUGAAUAUCAUUGUAAAUUCGUGCAGUUGACAUUUACAGUUUUCGGUAUUGCGUAUAUUCUGUUUGCAAAUUGCACAUAAACGAUGACGCAAGUCGAAGAUAUUAGCAGGUAUCUAUCCAAUGAUACCGUAUUCAAUAAAAUAAGCAGACGAUUUAUAAGUAUGCAGUCUGAUGACAUAAGGCGUAAUAAUGAGCUCUUGAACUCGCUUCUUAAGGAAUUGGAAAACGCUAUGCGAAGCCAAUGUCCGCUGUUUACUAAAACAUUUAAAAAAAUUGAGUGGGCUGGUAGUUAUUAUAAAGGAACUCGAGUUGGCCAACCAGAAGAAUACGAUUUGAAUUUUGUAAUCAAAUUGCCCUUCAGAGAAAAUGAUCUAGAGUUUAGUACAGAUCGACCCGGUUUUACUAAAAUACGCAUUGUUGGAAGAGACAGAAACUCGUCCAAUACUUUAAAUAUGGAUCCAGCGGCAUAUCGAAAAUUAAAUUCUUUCAUCGAUGAUCAAUCAUAUCUGAACCAACAAAGAUUCCGUACAUGGAUAGAAGGAAUUCUCGAUAAAGUGGCAUGGGCUACUGGUGGAAAUAACGAAAUUUUAUUUGAUGGUUAUUUACCAAUAAAGAUAAAAAAAUCAGGACCAGCGUUUACACUAUUAAUCCCACUUUUUGAAAGAACCAUCAGCAUCGAUAUAGUUCCUGUUUUAGCUUUUUCGCCUCGUAUUACUAUGCCACCAAAAUGUUCAAGACGUGACAUAUUAGAAUCUGCUUCAGAGAAUAGACGUUGGUCUGUAGUUCCAAAACCAUUAGAUAACAGUAAAGGUUUUAAUGAUUCACAACAUCGCUAUUGGCGAUUGUGUUUUUACGAAUUUGAAAAAGUCAUGAUUUGUAGCCAUGAUUAUGGAUCUAUAAAGCCUGUAAUACGACAAUUAAAGAAACUUAGAGAUACUCAAAAAUGGUGCAGCAUUGCAAGUUAUUAUCUUGAAACAUUAUGUUACAAUAAAAAAGAAAUAUUUCAUAUUUCUAAAAGACAAUCAUAUACUUCUUUAUUCUUCACGAUGUUAGAAGAACUUCACGAUGCUCUCUGCAAUGGAAAAAUAGAAUUCUAUUGGGACAAUGAUUACAAUUUGCUGGAGAAAAUCGGACCUGAGGAAAUGAGAAAUAUGGCGGGUAGAUUAAAUAAUGUUUUAGAAAGUAUCAGGAAGAACAUAAAAAAUGAUCAGUAUGCAAUAGCUAGAUGGAUUUUGAAUAAAAACGAAUUAGACAUUUUGAUAAAUUCCGUACAUGUAUUGGAACCGGAACCAGAACCCGAACCGGAACCUGAAUUUGAAAAUCCAAGUCAAUGGAAUUGCGUGAUUGUUUGACCAAUCAAGGAAGAAAUCAGUAAUGUUGCUAACACAACGUAUCAUAGCGAGACAGUCUGCCUCAGCUGUAUGAAUAUCGU